AUGUCGUUUCUUGUAAAAACGCUGAUCGCAUCGGCGGCGCUUCUACCCUCGCUGGCCUACUCCCAGGCCAAUGCUGGUGAUGCCGGGUCGAGAUCACCAGAUGCCUAUCAAUGGAUUCAACCCGCAAACACUACCAUCCUGGGCGAGUACGGCCAUUCACCGCCAGUCUACCCCUCUCCCAAUAUCAUUGGGUCAGGCGGAUGGGAGACAGCACUAGACAAGGCAACCCAUUUUGUCUCGCUGCUCACGCUUGAUGAGAAGGCGUGGCUCGUUACCGGUGUUGCCGGGCCAUGUAUCGGGAACAUUGGCCCCAUCCUGCGUCUAAAUUUCACAGGCCUCUGUCUCCAAGAUGGCCCAAAUGCUGUCCGACCUUCGGACUAUGUGAGUGUGUUCCCCGCCGGAGUAACAAUUGCUUCGUCCUGGGAUCGGGAUCUCAUCUAUGAGCGAUACCAUGAUUUGGGUCUCGAGUACAGAGGUAAAGGUGCUCAAGUUGCCCUGGCUCCUGUUGGAGGCCCAUUGGGCCGGACGCCAUAUGGUGGGCGUAACUGGGAGGGCUUCUCCCCAGAUCCGUACCUCACCGGAGUUGCCAUGGAAUCAAGCGUGAAGGGCCUACAAGAUGUUGGAGUUCAGGCAACGAUCAAGCACUGGCUUCUCUACGAACAAGAAAGCCAACGCUCGCCCACCACCUAUCCCAAUGGCACGCUCGAGUUCUCAGCCUACUCCUCGAACGCUGAUGAUCGAACCAUACAUGAACUCUAUAUGUGGCCCUUUGCCAAUGCUAUCCGUGCCGAAGCUUCCGCUGCCAUGUGUUCGUAUAACCGUGUCAACGGUUCAUAUGCGUGUCAAAAUUCGAAGCUUAUCAACGGACUCCUGAAGGAAGAACUAGGAUUUCAAGGAUACGUGAUGAGUGAUUGGGCCGGUCUUCACUCCGGGGUGGCCUCCGCCCUAGCAGGAAUGGACAUGGAUCAACCGGGCUUCAUUGAGCCCAUGACACCCCUUCACAAUCGGACAGGUCUCUCUUCAUACUUUGGGUGGAAUAUAACAUGCGCUGUCCGAAACGGUACACUUCCGGAGACUCGCCUCGACGAUAUGAUCAAAAGAAUCAUGACACCGUACUAUUUCCUCCAACAAGACCAAGGCUUCCCGGCGACGGAUCCGGCAAUGGCGUACUAUAAUACCCAGUUCUCGAGUAAUAAUUACUCGAUGGAUUCGUUCGUGUUUGGAAACAAGAGCCGCGAUGUUCGACAGGACCAUGGCAUCCGCAUCAGACGACAUGGGGCCGAGUCGACUGUGAUGCUCAAGAAUACGAACAAUGCCCUUCCUCUGAAAGUGCCAGCCAGCAUAGCGAUAUUUGGCAGUGAUGCAGCACCCAAUACUCAGGGGCCUUUCAUUCGUGGAGCUUCGGAAAUUGGUACUCUUGCCGUUGGUGGAGGGUCAGGCAAUGGUCGCUUUACCUACCUUGUUUCACCCCUACAGGCCCUCGAGGAACGGGCUUCUGAGGAUAAUACUCUGGUCCAAUUCUGGCUGAACAAUACCAUGAUAAAAGACGCAGAAAUAGAGAGUCUCUGGGGCGCGUCUGCUCCUGAGGCCUGUCUUGUAUUUCUGAAGACCCGGGCCACUGAGCGCUUAGACCGUGAGCAUCUCACAGUAGACGAGGAUGGCGAUGCCGUCGUUGAGAGUGUCGCCAGUCGAUGCUCAAAUACUAUUGUGGUGACUCACUCAGGGGGCAUGGUCAUUAUGCCAUGGGCAACCCAUCCCAAUGUCUCAGCAAUCCUUGUCGCACAUUACCCUGGCCAAGAGUCUGGACAUUCGAUCGUCGACAUUCUCUAUGGAGCCAAGACCCCAUCUGGCAAACUUCCCUACACUAUUCCCCUGAACCCUGAAAGCGUUAAUGCCCCCCCGACUACCAAUAUCACUACCUCGGGUGUCGACGACUGGCAAUCAUGGUAUUCAGAAGGUCUCGAGAUUGACUACCGCUACUAUAAUAGCCACAACAUACCCGUGCAAUAUGAGUUUGGAUUCGGCCUCUCAUACACAAACUUCAGUAUGGACACGGACUCGAUGGUGGUGAAGCCGACAAAUCCAGAGGCUCACAUUCAGUCUCAUCCAGAGGCCCUGGCAACGCGCCCAGGUGGAAAUCCAGCCCUUUGGGAUAUUCUGUUCGAGGCACAGGUGACAUUCCGGAAUACGGGGACGACACCUGGUGCCACUGUUUCAGAGCCUCCGCUCCAAUUACGUGGAUUUGAAAAAGCUGAGCUUGCCCCCGGCGAGAGCUACACGGCUACGUUCCCGCUAAUGCGCCGAGAUCUAAGUUACUGGAACGUCACUCAGCAAGAAUGGCUUAUACCCACGAGUGAUUUUGUCUUGGAUGCUGGCUUCAGUAGCCGUGAUCUACAUGGCUCUGUGACUUUUCGUCCUGUGGCUUAG